GUGUUAUGUAAUUUAGUAUAACUGCGACGGUGAUGUUGCGGUUAUGCCGAGGGGAUUCUCUUCGAGCUUUGGAGGAAUGAUCUUCGAAAUCACAUUUUUACGACAAAGACCCGACUUCUUCCCCUUCUCUUCCCCGGAUCGGUCGUCGAUCUUUGCUUCAGCGCCCUUCUCUUUCUGUUGUAUAUCAGCGAUCAUUCCGUAUUAGUCUAAUCAAUACGUGAAAAACCGGUUUCCAUAGUUUUUUGUCUAUCCAGGCACAAAUUUACCACGUCGAGCGCGCGUGCCUUUGUGUGUGUUUGCGUGUUUGAAGGAACCAGGCAGAACCGUCUUCCCCAUCAGCGCCCCGGUCUACGUUUAAUACCAGCACACGACAGCUUCAACAAUGUCUGAUUCUUCUGACGACGAUAUUCCCUUGUCUAAACGCUCUCAGCAAGAGUCUAGAAAGCGGAAGCUGAAAGUUGAGAAGGAGGAGUCUGACUUUUCUGACGACGAAGUUCCUUUGAAAAUUCGUGGAAAAAAAGCUGCCGCAGCAGCUAAAAACAAGUCCGCGCCGGUCGCCAAGAAACCAAAGGCCGAGCCUUCCGAUGACUCGCACGUCUCGACUGCCCCGGUCAAGAAGAACGGCGCGUCGAACGGGAAAGCGAACGGGAAGGUGAAAGCCGAGAACGGGACUGCAGGAGCUAAGUCCGCCAAGAAACGAGAGACCAAAAAAGGCGCUACGCCGGUUGACGAGGACGGCAAGACCGAGCAGGAAAAGGAGGAGGAAGAGGCGUAUAAGUGGUGGGAGGCCGAGCAGAAUGAUGGGACUGUGAAAUGGACUACUCUUUCGCACAAGGGAGUCUUGUUCCCGCCUCCGUAUGAGCCGCUUCCGAAGCAUGUCAAGAUGAAGUACGACGGGAAGCCGGUUGAUCUCCCGGUCGCGGCGGAAGAGGUCGCUGGGUUUUUUGGCGCGAUGCUCGAGAGCGACCAUGCGAAAAACCCAGUGUUUCAGAAGAACUUUUUCAACGAUUUCAAAGCCGUUCUUAAGAAGGCGGGGGGCGCGAAUGUUGCGAUUGAGAGUUUCGAAAAAUGCGACUUUACAGACAUGUUCAACUAUUUCGAGGAGAAGCGGCUUGAGAAGAAAAACAUGUCUGCGGCCGAGAAGAAGCGGAUAAAGGCCGAGAAGGACAAGAUCGAGGAAGAGUAUAAAGUCUGCUACCUCGACGGUCGUAAGGAAGUCGUCGGCAACUUCCGGAUCGAACCUCCAGGCCUCUUCCGCGGCCGCGGGUCGCAUCCCAAGACCGGCAAGCUCAAAUCCCGCGUGAUGCCUGAGCAGGUGACGAUCAACAUCGGCGCCGAGGCGGAAGUGCCUAAGCCUCCGGAAGGUCAUGAGUGGGCAGAGGUCAAGCACGACAACACUGUCUCAUGGCUGGCGACUUGGAAGGAGAACAUCAACGGUGCCACAAAGUAUGUUUUUCUGGCGGCGAAUAGUUCGCUGAAAGGCAUGAGUGAUUUCAAAAAGUUUGAAAAGGCGCGGCAGUUGAAGAAUCAUAUCGACGACAUCCGCCAGGAUUACAGGCGCGAGUUGAAAGAUGAAAAGAUGGUUAACCGUCAGCGCGCGACUGCGAUGUAUCUGAUUGAUGUUCUCGCCUUGCGAGCUGGUGGUGAGAAGGGCGAGGAUGAAGCGGAUACCGUGGGUUGUUGCUCAUUGCGGUACGAGCAUGUCACGUUCAAGCCUCCCAACAUCGUCGUGUUUGAUUUCUUGGGUAAGGAUUCGAUUCGCUUCUACCAGGAAGUCAAGGUCGAUCAUCAGGUGUACAAGAACCUGAAGCUGUUCAAGCGACCGCCCAAGAGGGAGGGUGAUGAGCUCUUUGACAGACUCGACCCGCCUUCGCUCAACAAGCAUCUGCAAAACUACAUGCCCGGUCUCACCGCUAAGGUUUUCCGUACCUACAACGCGUCCAAGACGAUGCAAGACCAGCUCGGCAAGAUUCCCAACAAAGGCACCGUCAACGAAAAGAUGGUUGCAUUCAACGCCGCCAACCGCGCUGUCGCGAUCCUGUGCAACCAUCAGCGCACUGUCUCCAAGUCCCACGAGCAGUCGGUGGGCAAGAUCGAGGACAAGAUCCUGGAGAUCAAGUUCCAGCGGUACAGGUUGAAGAUGCAGCUCGCGCAGCUGGAGCCGGCGCGGAAGAAAAAAGACCCUGCGUAUUUCGAACGGGAUGCCGAGUUGACUGAUGAAGUCAUUGACAAGAUCAUCGACAACAUUCUAACUCGUGAGCGCGAGAAGAUCGUGAAAAAGGUGCAGCGAGAUAACGAGAAGCGAGCUGCGGAGGGAGAAACCAAGCUUUCUGAGAAAGAGGUUGAGAAGGAGACGAAAGAGAAGCUGAAGGCGGUCAGCGAGCUCGAAGCGGUGUACGCAAAGGAGAAGAAGUCGUCAUUCAAAAUGCCCGAGGUGACGGUCAGCUCUGCCGAGAAAGUCGAGCAGCAGAUCGAGAAGCUGAACGAGCGCAUCACAAACACGACCUUGCAGCUCAAGGACAAGGAAGAUAACUCGACGGUUGCGUUGACGACGAGUAAGAUCAACUACAUUGAUCCGCGACUGACAGUCAUGUUCUCGAAAAAGUACAGUGUGCCGAUAGAGAAGCUGUUUUCAAAGACGUUGAGAGAAAAGUUUAAGUGGGCUAUUGAGUCUGCUGAUGAGAAGUGGGUGUUUUGAGCAGGGAAGGUCGCUCAACAUUGUUUAUAUGUAAAAUUACUGUUGUAUUUUUGAGAGUGGGAGUGAAGAAGAAGAAAAAUGCAGAAAAGAAUUGAUGUUUUGGACGGAUGGCGUGCUGUAUGAUGAUUGCGAAUCAACUAGUAGAUUAUUCUUCAGACGAAA